UCGUCAUCAAUGACAAACAGAUCACCAUCAUCAAUGAUCCGCCAUGGAUGCCCUAGAGACAGCUCUGUCUCGCUGGGCCGCGCGACAAGUAGGAGAACCGUUGCUGUUAACUGAAACCGCUGCAGAGCUCUCGUUGAAUCUGGAGCUUCGCCUGCGGGUGCUGCUGCGCUACGCCUUGCGCUUGGCACCAAGCACCGGGCGUGGGUCAAAGCGUCUUCGGAGGAGUGAUGUCCUGGACGCCCUGGAGAGCACCGUUGGCCGAAGCGACACAGUGCGGCGCAUCGCGGUCUGCACCAUGUUGGCGCCGCAGAAAGGUAACGGCCUCGCAACUUUGGAUUUGCGGCUUCAGAGGGCCAGAUCUGGCAGGCCUGAAGCCUGCGCCGCCGCAAAGGAUGUGAUGCUGCGCCGUGGCGAUGAGGCCUUUGAACUUGAGAGGUUUCACUCUAUGGAGCUGUUGGGGACUGCGCCAAAGAAGCCUCCCCUGACAGAGGAGCAGAAAGCUGUGGUUUUGAAAUUAGUCUCCGUCCUUGAUGGAGCGGACAAAGUGCGCCCCAGCUGGCCACUGCGGCAGAUGAAAGACCUAGACUCCGAGAGCCUGGGAGAUGUGGCCGAGUACCUGGCGCAGCACGUGCCCAAACGAGUGGCAGGCAGUGCGACGGAUGCAGAGCUGCUGUAUUUGUUGGAUGCAUUGGAGUUGGUUGCCACGACGGGAAGCAAAGGCUCUUCAAGUUGUGCUACGUUUCUUCAUCUGUGCUUCGCUCCCAUUCUGGUACUGUGUCUGGGGCAGCGUGGGCAGCCAGGACCCACUGGUCUCAUGAGCUGGUCUCUGGACCCGGGCAAUAGCGUGAGCCGGCGGGCUGCAGACCUCUUAGCGCGACUGGUUGCGUUGCACCAUGACCGCUGGCCCCAACUGGGCUUGGAGGUCUUGCAGUUGCUGCGCGAGGCCCUACACCGCCGGCCACCAUGGAGAGCCCUCCAGGGCCUGGCCUUGUGCUUGAUGCACUUUGGCCCCAGAGCCAUCAAGGAGCUACUGGACUUGCGCCACACCUAUCGUGGCCGCCACGACCCAGCGAGCGGAGCGCCGGCGGUGCUGGCGGUGAUGGAGGCGCUGAGGCUGGUGGCUGCAGAUCACCUCGAAACAGUGAUGGAGCACCGCGAACAGCUCGCUAAGGUCUUUGGAGUUCACCCGGAACUUUUGUUUCUGGUCUUUGGCAAUUUGGCCGAUGCCAGAGUGGCGCCCUUCGCACGAGGACAAAAGCGGAAACGCCCGGACCAGGAGCUGGCCACAUCCCCUAGCGUUGCAGUGGAGGUUGCCGCACUUGCGCAAGCCAACCAAAAACUGGUGCUGGCGCAAAGGCCCCGCAAGCGCUUGAAGGGCUCACGCCCGGAGCAGUUCUCUGUCCCGCGACCGCUGAUGGGAGAGUUCCGGCUCCUGUUGUAAGCAAAAAACGUCCGAAGGGUUGGGAG